AAUGCGCACUAGUAAUACCGCCCUUCGCUAAACGCCACGCAAGAUGGCGAAAAAAAAGGUAGAGGAUAAAUCCCAAGUGAAUGGUGAUAAUACAAGGAAUGAAAUUGAAAAUUUAUCAACUGACGAUGAACCAAAUUUCAGCGAUCCUGAGGGAUUCGUCGAUAAAAUAUCGGAUGAAGAACUUUUGGGAGAUAUUUUAAAACAAAAACCCAAAGAAACUGAUGGCGUUGAAUCAGUUAUUGUGGUGGAUGGCGUACCUCAAGUGGGACCUGAACGUAUGGAAAAAUUGCAGAUGGUCAUAAAUAAAGUGUUCUGUAAAUUUGGAACAAUAGUAAAUGAAUAUUAUCCAAAAACAGAAAAUGGUACUACCAAGGGAUACAUUUUCUUGGAGUAUGCAAGUCCUGUAAAUGCAAUUGAUGCCGUUAAAAUAACCAACAAUUAUAAACUAGAUAAAAAUCAUACAUUUCAAGUGAACUUAUUUACGGAUUUCAAAAAGUAUGAUGACAUUCCCGAUGAAUGGGAGCCACCUAAACCUCAACCAUAUGUCAGUCAGGGAGAUUUACAUUAUUAUUUAUUGGAACCUGAUGCAUACGAUCAAUUUGUUGUGUCCUGUGGAUCUGGUUCAAUGGUACAAGUAUGGUUGAAUAGUCAGCCAGAACCAACUAAAUUGGAAAGCAGAGAUAGAUGGACAGAAACAUACGUAAAAUGGUCACCACUGGGUACUUUCUUGGCAACUUUCCAUUCGCAAGGUGUAGCAUUAUGGGGUGGUCCUCAAUUUACUAAAUACAUGAAAUUUCGACAUGACGGUGUUGAAUUUGCUGAUUUUUCACCAUGUGAAAAGUAUUUAGUUACUUAUUCACCACAUUCUUCCCAUAACAGUGAACAAAAAGCUCUUAUAAUCUGGGAUAUUCGUAUGGGUAUUGAAAAACGAUCAUUUUCAUUGGAAGGUCCAGCAGUUUGGCCAAUAUUUAGAUGGUCGCAUGAUGACAAAUAUUUUGCACGUAUAGGGCAUGAUAUUCUUCAAGUAUACGAAACACCAUCAUUCGGUUUAUUAGAAAAGAAAUCGUUAAAACUUCCCGGAAUUCGUGAUUUUUGUUGGUCGCCAACUGACAAUAUUCUGGCUUAUUGGGUUGCUGAAGAUAAAGAUGUUCCAGCUAGAGUAACAUUACUUGAAAUUCCAAAUCGAAUUGAUAUUCGAAAUAAGAAUUUAUUCAGUGUUGCUGAUUGUAAAAUACAUUGGCAAAAGUCUGGAGAUUAUUUGUGUGUUAAAGUUGAUCGUUACACCAAACAGCGUAUCGAGAAAAACGAACGCAAAUAUUCUGGAAUGUAUUAUAACUUUGAAAUAUUCCAUAUGCGUGAAAAAGAAAUUCCUGUCGAUUCUGUUGAAGUAAAAGAACCCAUACAUGCAUUUGCAUGGGAACCAGUUGGAAUGAAAUUUGCAAUUAUUCAUGGUGAACAAGCUAAUAUUAGUGUUAGUUUUUAUGGUUUAAAAACUGGACAAGCGCUAUCAUUGUUAAAGAAAUUCGAAAAGAAAGCUUGUAAUCAUUUAUUCUGGUCACCAGCUGGCCAAUUUAUAGUAUUAGCCGGUUUAGGAAACAUGGGUGGUACAUUAGAAUUUGUAGAUACAAAUGAUUUUACAAUCAUGAAUUCUACCGAUCAUUAUGAAACAUCUGAUGUUGAAUGGGAUCCAACUGGAAGAUAUGUUGUUACUGGUGUAUCUGUAUGGAAAGUUAAACGAGAUUGGGGUUAUUGGAUAUGGACUUUCCAGGGUAAAGUAUUAAAACGUGAAAAUUUAGAUAGAUUUGCACAAUUAUUAUGGCGACCGCGUCCACCAACUCUAUUGUCUGUUAAACAACAAAAAGAUAUCAAGAAAAAUUUGAAGAAAUAUUAUGCUCAAUUUGAGAGUAAAGAUCGAAUGCGCAUGACAAAGGCAUCUAAAGAAUUAAUUGAAAAACGAGCAUCAUUAAUGAAAGAAUUUAAUGAACAUAGAGAUCAAAGAAUACAACAAUGGAAAGAACAAAAAACACGACGAUUGGAACUUAGAAAUAAUAUUGACACCGAUGAAUUGGAUUCAGAUACAAAGAAUGUUGAAGAAGAAGUUGUUGAAUUUUUCAUUAAAGAAGAAGUGGUUGUGCUUGACUAAAAAAGCAAUUUAUAGAACAUUUUUUAAUACAAUUAAUUCAGAAUAAUAAGAGAGAAUAUCCCAAUCGUCGUCCAUCAUACACAUAACACAUCGUUUUUUUUAUAUAUAAUAAAUAAUUUUAUAACAUCUUUCAUGCCGAACAUUUUAUGAAAAUUGAUAAAUUAUUGUUGUUAAUUCAUAAUUGUAAAUAGUGCAGUGUUGUAUAUUUAAAACUAUACGUGCAGUGUACUUUUUUAAAUCAACAUCUCCAUCAUAGAAAAUUCCUUGAAUAUGUUCAUUUAUGACAUCACUUUGUUAGGAAUAAAUAUUAUUCAAGUUUUGAGUAAAUAUAAUAUACAGAGAA